AUGGUAACCCACACUGUUACUCGGUCUUCUUCCUCCUCUGGACGGAAUUAUGAUGUAAUAUUGAAUUACAAAGAAGAAGAAGGAGAAGAAACAGGUAACAAUUUUGCAAGUAAGCUCUACACUUUCCUGGAGAAGGCCAACAUCAAAACAUUCAAGGACGAUGCAGAGAUCUCGAAAAGAGAUCAUAUCUCUGCUGAUGCGGUCAUGAAAGUAAUCAAGGAAUCAAGAUGUGCAAUAAUCUUAUUCUCGUGGAACUAUGCUUCUUCAACACGAUGCCUUGAAGAGCUUUCCUUGAUAAUGGAAUGCAGAAAAAAGAAUGGGCAAAGGGUAAUUCCUGUGUUCCUCAUGGGUGUCGAAGGAUCCAACGUACGGCGUCAAAAGGGGAGCUUUGAGGAACCUUUUCGCCGGCACGAAGAGAACUUGAAGCGAGAGGUGGUGGAAAGGUGGAGGCUAGAUCUGAAAAUAGCAGGUGAACUAUGUGGAUUGAACUUGAAAGACUUUCUUGACAGGUAA